ACAUUGUUUUGUUCGUGCCAACUCCUUCCUUCCUCUUUUCAAUUUUAUCCAAAAAACCAAAAAAAUCUCGUACCCUGUUCUCUACUGCACAUAUAUAAAUUCCUCACUUUCUACGACACAACCAAACCAAACACCGAUUUCUUCUAUUUCUUUCUACAUUGUCGCCACCUCUGUUCCUUCACCUUGUCUCUCUCGUAAUCAACUCACUCUGUCUCUACGGAUUUUCCCAUUCCAUUCACCUCGUUUUCCUCGCUACGCCUAGUAUCAACCAGAUCUGCAGUCUCUUAAUUUCAAAUCAUUUGUUGAAAAAUUACGGGCUGUGUAACUGUGUGAGUGAUUGGCAGAAAUUUCAAUUUCACAUUUAACAAGUCUUUGUUUGUUCUGUAAGAUAAUGGCUGCUGAAGUAUGUCAUCAGGCUAUUGGCACUUUGCAGUCUCAUUCUUUUCUUAAUAAUUUGAAUCAUCCCCAAAAGGUUGGGAACAAUUUAGUAAGAUUGGUAACAAAGGAUUUUAUCAGUACUAAUGGCCUUUCAAGGAGUGGAAGUAGCUACUGUGGCCAGAUGAAUCGUCGUAGUGUUGUUAUUCGAUCUUCAGCUUCCCAGACAUCAAUUGUUGAUCCAGUGUCAUCAUCUCCUUCAAAAAGCAACAGCAGUGACAAACCCAAGAAAUCAAAUGAAGCAGCUUUGAUCCUUAUUCGGCAUGGUGAGUCAUUAUGGAAUGAGAAGAAUUUGUUCACAGGUUGUGUUGAUGUCCCACUAAGCAAGAAGGGUAUAGAUGAGGCAAUUGAAGCUGGUAAAAGAAUUAGCAGCAUUCCUGUUGAUGUCAUAUUUACAUCUGCUCUGAUCCGCGCACAAAUGACAGCCAUGCUUGCCAUGACCCAGCACCGUCGUAAAAAGGUUCCUAUCGUUAUGCACAAUGAGAGUGAACAAGCAAAGGCAUGGAGUCAAGUUUUUAGUGAAGACACAAUAAAACAGUCCAUUCCAGUCAUAGCAUCUUGGCAACUAAAUGAAAGAAUGUAUGGGGAAUUACAGGGCCUCAAUAAGCAAGAAACAGCUGACAGAUAUGGCAAAGAGCAAGUCCAUGAGUGGCGCCGAAGUUAUGACACACCUCCUCCAAAUGGUGAAAGUUUGGAAAUGUGUGCUCAAAGAGCAGUUGCCUAUUUCAGAGACCAUAUUGAACCUCAGCUUUUAUCUGGAAAGAAUGUUAUGAUUGCUGCCCAUGGGAAUUCAUUAAGAUCCAUUAUCAUGUAUCUUGACAAAUUAACUUCCCAAGAGGUCAUUAGUCUAGAACUGUCAACUGGAAUUCCUAUGCUUUACAUUAUCAAAGAGGGUAGAUUCAUUAGGAGAGGGAGUCCCAUAGCACCAACUGAAGCUGGAGUUUAUGCCUAUACCAAGCGUUUGGCUCUUUAUAAGCAAAAGUUGGAUGAGAUGUAAAAUAAAAUAUUGUUUAGGAAAUUCAUUCACCAUUAAUCAGAAGUGUCACAGUUGAAUCACAAAACGUGGGGGAGAUGUUCCCAGUGUUACUGUUAGGCACCGUGAAUAUUUGCAUUUAUCCAAAAGCUAGGUUGUUUUGGAUUUUUUAGAACAAAGUUUGAACCAGUGUAUUAGGUAUUUUUUAUCUCAUAUGGUGAGCAUGUGAUUGCUUCCAAUAAGAGAUUGUUGAUGCAUCUUAUAAAUAUGAAAAUCCUGUAAUAUUUUGAUAGAGACUGGAUCAGACGUAAGGUAAAAGAACAACCGAGCAGAGAAUAUAAUUCUCUUAUUGAAUAAAAUUGUAGCUGGUUAAAAACA